AUGGCUCGUGGCGCAAGCAACCGUACCGAUCGUCGCACCGACACCAAAACCUCGACACCCCCUGAGAUGUCGUACAAGCUCCUAACCCGCGACCAAGUACCGGCAUGGUACGCGCAAAACCCUUACAUCAUUACCGGAUUUCGACCCGUAACAAAAUCGAUACCACUGUGCCUCCGCAGCCUAGCGUACCCCCACAACGAGACUGUCAACAUAUACACGCACCUGAUCCCAGCAAUCACCGCGCUGCUCUGCAGCUACUCCUUUGGGAAGUACUUCAAUUCGCAAUUCCCGCACGCGUCCUGGACAGAUGAACUAGUCUUUCGAAUCUACCUCACCGUCUGUGUGAUAUGCUUUGGUACUUCAGCGGCAUAUCACACGCUACUGUGUCAUUCGCAAGCCUAUGAGAGUCUGUGCGUUCGCCUGGACUUUGUGGCUAUCGUGAUGCAGAUUGUAGGCUCUUUCGUACCGGGCCUGUAUUUUGGGUUUUACUGCGAACCGCAUCUUCAGAAGCUGUAUUGGACUAUGAUCAUCACUCUUGGAGCACUGACCGUGACUGCCGUGAUCCAUCCGAGCCUCCAGGGUUCAAAGUGGAGGACUCUGCGCUUGUCGACCUUCAUUGCCACUGGCUUCUCAGCUUUUGCGCCGAUUAUUCAUGGCGCUACCAUCUUCACUUAUAGUCAGAUGGAUCAGCAGAGUGGUCUACGUUAUUAUUAUCUCGAGGGUGUUCUUGUACUUGCUGGUGUGGCAUUUUAUGCGAUGCAUUUCCCGGAAUGUUCAAAGCCCAAGAAAUACGACAUCUUGGGUUCCUCGCACCAGAUCUUUCAUGUCUUCAUCGUUUUGAGCGCGCUGGCUCACUUUUACGGUCUCAUGACUGCUUUUAAGUGGAACUAUGAGAAUCAGCGCUGUACUUAG